GUACAGUAUCAGUUUCCUGUUCGUUGUUCAGGUGUCGGCUUGUGUAGACACAAACGUUUCAGACUAUGGCGCAGCAGUUUGUGCAGGAGAAAGUCAAAGGGGACCGCGUGGUGCUGUUCAUUAAGCCCUCGUGUCCGUACUGCGUCAUGGCCAAAGACGUGCUGUCCAAGUACAAGUUCAAACCGGGACAUCUGGAGUACGUUGACAUCAGCGGGCGCAAAGACAUGAGCAGCCUGCAAGACUACUUCCUGGAACUAACCGGAGGCCGCACGGUCCCACGUGUGUUCAUCGGUGAGGAGUGUGUUGGAGGCGGCAGCGACGUGUCGGAGCUGCACAGCAGCGGUAAACUGGAGGGGAUGCUGCAGUCUAUUGGAGCUCUGCAAUAGAGUCAAAGGACGCUGGAGUUCAGACGGGCGUCACAUGACCACACAGCGGGACUUGCGAAGCUUGCGUCGCCUCUGCUGGUACUCGCUGAGCUCCUGCAGGUAGCCCCUGGACGGCCAGCGUAGCCUCUCCACCUGCUCGCGCUCCUCGUCUGGAAGGCACAUGAACACCAACCCUAACUCACAUGCGCAUGCUGCAAAGGCAAAUAUGCAAUGCUUCGCUAACAAAGUGAUCACGGCGAGAUUUACUACAGUUGACACAUAAUCACAGAUACACAGAUGGGAAUCACUACUUGGAAUAUUGCUAUGAACACAACAAUGAAGGCUGAAGUUUACAGUAAAUGAGUUUACAUUAACUAGGAGUGGCUGAUCAUUGUUUGCCUCCUCCUCCUGUCCUUAGUAACCGUCCAGCUGAAUAUGAAUGAACAAUAAACGUGCUUCUUUUACUAACUGAA